GUUCUUUAAGAUGCUUUUGUUUUGUGAUGGCCACCUCGAUUGACCAGAGUGCUCGCUUGUACCCUGUGCGGGAGCGGGUGAGACUGUUAAACAGGCUGCAGUGCGUCAAUAGACAUGGCCAGAUUGCGCAGGUGGGGGCCGGAGGAGGAGGCGGACAGGAAAGACAGCAGCAGCUGCCGGUGGUGCACAUGUCUUCGUGGGGCUGUGGAGUGAACAAGCGACUGUGUAUGCAGUGUGGAGAAAGGAGUCACUCGACCAGUGUGGUUAAGGCGGAGCCGAUGGGGGACAAGAGUAAGCUGUACUACUGUCAUGCGUGCAGGUGUCUGAUUGCGAGGGCGCCCAUGUUCACCCAGCACCUGAAGAGGCAUGCGCGUUGCUUCGUGUGUCCUCUCCCACUCUGUGGACUGGCGAAGAAGACCAACGAUGCUCUCCUCACCCACAUGUUCUCCCACUACGGCCUCAAGCCAUACACCUGCUCCAUAUGCAACAAAGGCUUCACGAGUAAGUACAGGGCGAUCGAUUGCUGCAUUGGGAGCUACAAGUGUCCCAUCUGCCACAAGUAUCUCUCUUCUAAUGCAUCUCUCAAAGCACAUCUGGCGCGCCACUCGCACAGACGGGAAGCACAGGUGGGGGGAGGAGGAGGAGGAGGAGGCUACAGGAUCCCCACCAGACUGUUGCACUGCUCUCACUGUGGUCGGCAGUACACUUCCAAGAAUGGACUGCGUCUCCACAUGGAUCAGGUGCAUCUGCGGGCGGAGAGGAAGCCCUUCCAGUGCAAAUUCUGCCUCAAAAAGUUCGCCAGGCAGGAGAAUUUGAAACACCACGCUGGAAUGUUCCACGCAUUUAGACUGCAACUUGAAAUGAUUGACGUUUGUGUUAAAGGGUUCUGAUGAGAAAAGCAUGUGAUGCUGCAAGUAUGUUGACACUUGUUUUUUUUUGUUGUAUCCCUGAGUGAUACAUUUGUAAUACCGAAUCUAUGUAUAAUUUUCUAAUACCGAAUUCUGAAUCAAUGUAUCUAUUUGUAAUACUGAGUGAUACAUUUGUAAUACCGAAAAUUACUACUUUGAGAAUGCUCUAGCAGAUGCUUCUCUUGCUUUUUGGG